UUAAGACAUCUUCAAAACUUUACCAGCUACAUUUUCUGUCGAACUGUUGAACGGAGAUGAAGCUAUUAACGCUAGCAAUAUUUCUUGCUGCGGCUGCAGCAAAUGAAGUGAACGAAACCGAGAACGAUGCGAUUAGAAAUGGAAAGACUUACUUUAUACAAUUGAAGAAAACAGGAGAUGAAAGCGAUGGCCCAGUUUACGUUAAAAUCAAUCAUUACAAAGAUCCUGUAAAGGCGUACAGGGAAAAGAUGAUGAAAAAGUAUGAAGAGAUCUUUGGUAAAUUUGAAGAAGCUGCUCCUGAAAAUAUCGAAAAAGAAGUUAAGGCAGAAGAAAAGAUACACGAGGACGGAUUUGGCGCUUCGUUUAUUGACGAAGAAUGGUCAUACAAUCAUAAUCAUAGCAUGUACGAUUUACCUAAUAUCACUCAAGAUAUUUACGAAGCUAUGCUAGAAAAUAACAGACAUAAUACUAUUGUGAAUGCAUCCUAUGUAAAAUUCUUUUUCGAAACCGAUACGAAUCUUACAUCGAAUAUAGUGAAAUUUGAUUUAAAUAGUUUGAAGAAAGUAAAUCAUAGGAUAAUCGACGCUGAAUUGCACGUCUAUAGAUUGCCAAGAGAUGAAAACGCAACUCGCCCUAGAUCAACGGAUAAUGUUGUCCGAUUGUUCCAAAGGACCGACAGUGAAGAGGAUGAUGAUAAUUCGACGGAAAACGUAAAUCCUGAUACCCACAAGCUAGCCAAUGUUGUUUACAUCUCCUCCAAUUACGAAGGAUGGCAGGUAUUUAAAGUAAAAAAUGUUAUUGAGAAUUGGCGAAAUGGCGAGGAAAACCAUGGGUUCUUGCUAUCCACCACAGAUUCCAAUGAAAAUAUUGAUUUUGUGAAUUUUGCACACCGUGAACGAAACGGUGGUAAAUAUCAGCCCACGUUAAUUGUUUAUUUGGAUUCUGCAAAGCGAAGUGGUAGGAGUUGCGAAGGCGGAGCGAAGAAUGUCGAACAAAAAUCUUUUAAACUUAGCGAGAUGAUUUCAAAGCACUACGAUCCAUGUGGCCGACAUAUCUGGUACAUCAGUUUCCACGAGAUUGGAUGGAAUAAUUUCAUCAUAGCGCCAGGUGGAUACAUGGCUUACCGUUGCAAAGGUGGAUGCGGCUCAUUGGCCACACCUUACUCGAAUCAUGGCAAAUUGGCAAGACUCUUCGAUAAAAACUCUGCAACUAAUGUGCCCUGCUGCGUGCCGAACGGUUACAGAAGUCUUUUAAUCAUGUUCUAUGACCGUGAGUCCAAUGUGGUCAUAAAGGAGUACGACGAUAUGAUUGUUAAUGGAUGCGCUUGCAGAUAGAGCUUAUAAAUAAUAGAUAUUUAUUUUAUAUAAUAUAUUUUCAAUUAUUGAAUAUAAUUUUUGUGGUAACUAG